AUGCUUUCGAGGAAGUGCGGCUCGCUUUCACUGACCUUAAAGAACUUCAAUAGCACGCUGUCCGUCGCGUACUCAGCCUCAGAUGCUGCAUUAAAAAUCCCAAUUGCCGAUCCAUCAGAAAAUGCUGCAUCAAAAUACGCAAAUAAGCCGGCAAAGACCUUAAAUGAUGCGGUCCGGGAAAGAUCCGAGAGGUUUAGAAGCCGCGUUUACACUGCAAAAAUCCCCAAACUACAUGAGGAACAAGUUUCGUCAGGUUUUUCCUCACCAUGCAACAAGCUUCGAUCUUUCCUUCAUUCCAGGGACUACAUGGCAUUCUUAGUUGAGCUAACAUUACAAUCGAGAAUGGAUGAAAACUUCGGUGCUAAGAUGUUUCAAAAUAACGAUUUGUCAAUCGCUGAAUUUUCAGCCUUCAUUGAAGGCCUUCUGAGUGUAAACAAUUUACUGCAUAAGCUGAGCGCAACUCUGCCGAAUGUGUCUGGCACAGAAAUGGUGUUUAGUUUGUAUCAGCUUUAUCUCAAAACUGUUACACCGGGGCCGCUCAGCCCUCUUCAAUUGCAUGAUUUCAACAAGUUUAUUAGAUUCUUCAUACGGUCUGCGCAACUUCGUAAAGCGCAAACUGUUCUAGAUUGCAUUCUGAAGUCUAACAACAACCAACUACCUUGUGACUCAGCUACAGCAACGCACUAUCUUCAGCUGAGGUGCGGAGCGCUGCCGCGGAAUUGGAAAGUUUUGGAUGAGAACUUGGGGCGUUCCACAAGGUUGGGGGCUCGCAAGAAUAGAUACCAACUUGUCUCACACUCUUACAAAGCCCUUGACCACAAAUCAGUUUUGACUUUUAUGAGUCUUUUGAGCGAUCCCAAAAGUGUUUGGUUCCACAGAAAAUCGGCCGCUUUAGAGUCCGCUGUGGUUUAUUCGCUAGGAUUUAUGGGCCAGCUUAAAUUGCUUGAGGAGCAUGUCUGGAGAAAUUGGGGAAUUAGCUUACAAGAGCACAAUCAGGUCACAGAUGCAUCCUUUACAAGUCCAUCGUCUGAAGUAUUGGUGGCUGUUCUUACCAGCUAUGCAAGCAACAAAAACAUCUCUUCUGCACUUCACCUUAUUGAUGGGUUUAUGGCUAAAUACCCAACUUUGGAACUUGACCAUGUAUUUUGGAGACGCUUAUUUCAGUGGAGUACUCGCGUAUGGAGCGAGAAAACGGACCCUCGAGGCGAGCUAUCUCGUGGGUGCUGGAGGGUGAUGAGAGAAUGGCAUGCCGCUCGAAACAGACAACUUCCAGCAGACGCCGUUUUGUUGAACGAAAGAUUUGUCGUAUUAUCACGUACCAACAACUACCGGGAUGCCAUUGAAGUUGUGGAACAGUGCUAUUCUUCGUUUUUCCAAAAAGCAAACCUUUCUCGUCAUGAGGCGGUGCUCUUUCAAAAGUUUGCGAAGUUAAUAUUAAAAAAUAUGGCUCAUCUUGGGUAUUAUCACAAGCCUUUGAAGUUCAUAAAAGAAUGGUCUCCCAACAAAUUGUUAGAGCAUACACUUAGAGCUUACUUCGAGAAACACAGAAACGCUUACUCGGCACGGAAACAACGGAGGACAGAGGCAGCCCAGAAGGCACAGAAAAGGUUUGAUGAUGAAGAAGAAGAUAGUAUGCUUCUUGGAAGGCUGUGGUAG